CCUUGUAAAGCACUUCUUUCCCUUCCUCUGCAAUGCCAUAUCGGGCGGCUUCCGCUCUCGGCAUUUCCACCGCUCUCUAGGGCUCUCCGCCUUCCCCCAAUUCUCCUUCCUUCCCUCCACGAUUUCGAUCUCCAAAUCACCCCCAGCCAUGAGGGGUAGCGACCUGAUCAACUCCAGGCUCCCCGACGAGCUGAUCAUGGACGUCUUCCAGCGACUCGAGGACAAAUCGGAUUGCGACGCGGUGUCCCUCGUGUGCCGGCGAUGGAGGAAGCUCGAGCGCGCCACCCGCCGCACUAUAAAGAUCGGGGCGUCUGGGCCCGCCAAUCAGCUGCUGGAGAAUGUCGUCGAGCGGUUCAAGGGGCUCCAGAAGCUCUUCGUCGAUGAGCGCCUUCCGGUGGUGUCUCUUAGCUCGCCGCGGGCGCCUCCGUCUAGGAGAAAGAGACACUCUAGCCCACCAAUGCAAUUUCGUCAUCUGGCUGAAAGCAGUGAGUCUGAAGAAACUGAACUAGAUCGAUUCAGUCUAUCUGAUGCUGGUCUGGCUGCUGUUGCCAAGGGCUGCAAAGGACUUGAGAAACUUAGCUUAAUCUGGUGUUCUAGCGUAACAUCUUUGGGUCUGACAACCGUUGCUCAGAACUGCAAAAAUUUAAAAUCCUUGGACCUGCAGGGUUGUUAUGUUCGAGAUGAAGGACUUAUUGCUGUUGGCCAGAAUUGCAAGCAACUUGAAGAUUUGAAUUUACGUUUUUGUGAAGGCUUGACUGACACAGGUUUGGUUGGAUUAGCUGAAGGUUGUGGGCGUUCAUUAAAAUCUCUUGGCAUUGCGGCAUGUGCUUGGAUUACUGAUAAAUCUUUGGAAGCCGUUGCAUCUAACUGCACUUUUCUAGAAACCCUAUCAUUGGACUCAGAAAACAUAAGAAAUCAAGGAAUAAUUUCUGUAGCCAAAGGUUGCCGAUCUUUGAAGGCUUUGAAGCUGCAAUGCAUAAAUGUAGUGGAUGAAGCUUUGCUGGCCGUGGGCUCAUUCUGUUCUUCAUUAGAAUUGUUGGCUCUGUACAGCUUCCAGCGAUUUACAGACAAGAGCCUUUCUGCUAUCGGACAUGGGUGCAAGAAUCUUAGAGAUCUCACUCUUAGUGAUUGUUAUUUCCUAAGUGAUAAGAGUCUAGAAGAUGUAGCCCAUGGCUGUACCAAAAUGACACAUUUGGAGAUUAAUGGCUGCCACAAUAUUGGAACAUCUGGACUGGAACAUAUUGGACGGUCAUGCCCAGGCCUAUUGGAGCUAGCUUUGUUGUAUUGCCCAAGGAUUGGUAAUAGUGCUCUUCUCGAAGUUGGCAGAAGCUGCUCGCAUUUGCAAGCUCUACAUUUGGUAGAUUGUUCAAGCAUAAAUGAUGAGGCAAUAUGCAAUGUAGCUAAAGGUUGCAGGAACCUAAGGAAACUUCAUAUCCGCCGUUGUUAUGAGAUUGGAGAUGAGGGCAUUAUUUCUGUGGGUGAGAAUUGUAGUUCUCUUACAGACUUAAGCCUCCGGUUCUGCGAUAGGCUCGGUGAUCAAGCGCUUGUAGCAAUUGCUCAAGGUUGUUCCCUCCGACAUUUGAACGUUAGUGGAUGCCAUUUAAUCACUGACAUUGGACUGACAGCUAUUGCUAGGGGCUGCCCUGAUCUCAUCUACUUGGAUGUCAGUGUGCUUCAGAAUAUUGGGGACAUGGCACUGGCUGAGUUAGGUGAUGGAUGCCAUCUGCUAAAAGAUAUUGUGCUAUCCCACUGUCGGCAAAUAACGGAUGUUGGUUUACGCCACCUUGUUAGGGGAUGCACUAGGCUUGAGACCUGUCAUAUGGUUUACUGUCCGCUUGUAACAGCUGCUGGAGUUGCUACCAUUGUCUCAAGCUGUUCCCACAUCAAGAAAGUCCUGGUUGAGAAGUGGAAGGUGAGUGAGAGAACAAGGCGGAGAGCAUCAUCGGUUUUAUCUUUCCUCUGCGUGGAUCUUUAGCUAGUUUACUUUUUUGGUUUUUGGCACCACCAACAAGGUCCUUGUUUACAAGUAAAAGGUCAAUUGGAGGUCACAUGUCUUCUAGUAUCUCAGGGUAUACCACCAUAAUGUCCUGUUUGAGAAGGGAAAAAUCGGCUGCCCUUCUUCUUCUUCAUUGAUCCAUGGAUUUUAUGGUUGGUUGUUGUAGUCUCCGCCUUUAGCAAGAUGCAGAGGGUCCUGCCUGGACCAAGUCAUGGGCCAACUGGAGAGCUGGAUCGGUACUGGUUUCUCUUGUGUUGAGGUUCUAGUUCCAACCAUAGCAUAUCCAUCUGAAAGAUAAGUGACUUUUCCAACACCUCUCUGCUGCUGUGAGUUGAGCACCUUUUAAUUUGCUGGUGUUUUAAAGGAGGCAGUAAAUCUUGAAGCCAAUUCAUUGUAGUGAAGAAUGUAAAGGACUCUUCUAUUUCUUUAUUGUGUUAUUAUAUAUUUUAUAGUACUCUGUUGUGUUGUACACUCAAUAAUGUUCUGAACAUCGGUUAUUAUGAGGAUUCUCAUUGUAUAAAGGAACCUCUAUGGCAAAUUGGAUCAGGCAAA